UACCCUGAUGGGUGAUAGAUACAGACAUAUUAAUCACCUAACUCCACUCGCCCACCAGUGACACCUAUCGCAUGACGAAGCUUUAAGCAUCCUCCGUCUCACUACACCCACCUUUCCAGCUACUUUCCGCCAUUACCUUUUUCAUUCUUGAGCUUCCAACUGCUUCAUGCUUCCACAGAUCUGACCACUUGAAACUCAAACUGAACUUCAAUUUGUACUCAUUUGCGUUUACUCAGGCCAAAAGAAUAUGUCAUCUCGUUUUAAAAGGAAGCCCCGCCAGCCAGUCGCUGAAAAUUUGAAUAUUGACUCACUGGUUGAUGAAAAUCUAGAGCAGUCGCCACAUCUAAGUGAAAUUUUUCAGUGUUACAAAACUGAUUGGAUAAAAGAUGAAAACAAGUAUGGACAUUAUGAAAGUGUUGGCAGUAUAUCUUUUCAGAACCAGAUCUUUGAAGGGCCUGAUACUGAUAUUGAAACAGAAAUGCAUCUUGCGAAUGCUCGGCAAGAUAAGAUUGAAGACGAUGAUGAUGAUGAUGAUGAUGUACCUAGUACCUCUGGUCGACAACUUACAGAGCACUAUGGUGAAUCCCCCCUGCCUGCUUAUGAACCUGUAUUUGACUGGGAAAACGAGAGGUCAAUGAUAUUUGGACAAAGACUUCCAGAAUCUAAUAUGCCACAGUCUUCGAGUGGGUUGAAGAUUUCUGUAAAAGUUCUUUCCCUAUCAUUUCAAGCUGGAUUAGUCGAGCCGUUCUAUGGUACUAUAUCAUUGUACAAUAAAGAUAAAAGAGAAAAGCUGUCAGAAGACUUCAUUUUUCGUGUUCUCCCAUCUGAAAUGCAGGAUGCUGGCAGUUCAUCAGAAUCACGUGGACUUUUUUAUUUAGACGCCCCGUCAUCGUCUAUUUGCCUGCUUAUACAAUUAGAGAAGUGUGCUACUGAAGAAGGCGGUGUGACUCCAUCUGUUUAUUCACGCAAAGAACCGGUUCAUUUGACUGAGAGAGAAAAGCAAAAGCUACAAGUUUGGUCUAGAAUGAUGCCUUACAGAGAAUCGUUCUCUUGGGCAAUUAUCCCGUUAUUUGAAAGCAACACUGGUUUGGCUACUGGUGGGUCCGCUUCUCCAAGCAGCCCACUUGCUCAUAGUAUAUCAGGAGUUAGUUUGCAGGAGAGUGUUUCUGAACCGGUUACAAAAGUCACAUUAGAUGGUCAGAUGGGUUAUUCGAAUGGCAAUUCUGUUGUGGUUGAAGUGUCAAACCUAAAUAAAGUCAAAGAGAGCUAUACUGAGGAUUCACUCCUGGAUCCCAAACGGAAGGUUCAUAAGCCUGUGAAAGGUGUGUUGCGAUUGGAAAUAGAAAAGCUUCAAGCUGCUAACACUCAAUACGACAAUGCUUCGGAUGGAAGUUUUACCAAUGAAAAUGACCACGGGGAUCGACUAACUGAUUCAACUGUCGGUGAGUGGCGCAACAUUCAUUCAGAUAGACAUAAAGAACCCCUAAACGGAUCAGGUUCAACAAGACAUGCAGAGCCUACUAAUGACGUUCAAGCUUUUGACUUCCGCACAAUGAUAAGAAAUGAGCCCUUUUUAGAGUUUUUCCAUUGUCUUUAUGUUUACCCAUUGACUGUCAGUCUGAACCGAAAAAGGAAUUUGUUUAUAAGAACUGAGCUCCGAAAGGAUGAUGCUGAUAUCCGAAAGCAGCCACUAGAGACAAUGUAUUCAAGGGAGCCAGGUGCGUCCCUACAAAAAUGGGCCCACACACAAGUUGCUCCUGGAAGUAGGGUGGCUUGCUACCAUGAUGAAUUGAAAGUUUCACUUCCUUCUAUGUGGACCCCACAACAUCACCUUUUGUUCACUUUCUUCCAUGUUGACCUUCAAACAAAAUUGGAAGCCCCCAAACCAGUAGUUAUUGGAUAUGCAGCUCUCCCAUUAUCAACACAUGCUCAGUCAAGAUCUGACAUUUCUCUACCAAUCAUGAAAGAGCUGGUUCCACACUAUCUUCAAGACAGUGGCAAGGAGAGGCUGGAUUACUUGGAAGAUGGGAAAAGUGUCUUUCGCUUACGGUUACGCCUUUGUUCAUCAUUGUACCCUGUUAGUGAGCGUAUAAGAGAUUUUUUUCUUGAAUAUGACAGACACACUCUUCGUACAAGCCCACCUUGGGGUUCUGAACUCCUUGAGGCAAUCAAUAGUUUGAAGAAUGUUGAUUCAACUGCGCUGCUACAGUUUCUUCACCCGAUAUUGAAUAUGCUUCUCCAUCUUAUUGGCAAUGGUGGAGAAACUCUCCAGGUUGCUGCAUUCAGAGCUAUGGUUAAUAUUUUGACACGAGUACAACAAGAGUCAGUUGAUGAAGCUGAGAGAAAUAUAUUUCUGGUCAACUAUGUGGAUUAUGCUUUCGAUGAUUUUGGUGGUAGACAAACUCCGGUAUAUCCUGGUUUGUCAACUGUAUGGGGAAGUCUGGCUCGUAGCAAGGCCAAAGGCUAUCGAGUUGGACCAGUAUAUGAUGAUGUACUCUCAAUGGCUUGGUUUUUCCUUGAAUUAAUUGUUAAGUCAAUGGCAUUAGAACAGACUCGAGUGUCGUAUCAUAAUCUGCCUCUAGGUGAAGACAUCCCACCAAUGCAGUUAAAAGAAGGCGUGUUUAGGUGCAUCAUGCAAUUAUAUGAUUGCCUUUUGACUGAAGUGCAUGAACGUUGUAAACGGGGGUUAAGUUUAGCAAAACGUUUAAACAGUAGUUUGGCGUUCUUUUGUUACGAUCUUUUGUCAACCAUUGAACCACGACAAGUUUUUGAAUUGGUGUCCUUGUACCUAGAUAAGUUCUCUGGUGUUUGUCAAUCAGUGUUGCAUGAUUGCAAGCUUACCUUUCUACAAAUCAUCUGUGAUCACGAUUUAUUCGUUGAAAUGCCUGGGCGGGACCCUUCUGAUAGGAACUACCUUUCAUCUGUUUUAAUUCAAGAAGUUUUUCUAACCUGGGAUCAUGAUGAUUUAUCUCAGCGGGCUAAAGCAGCUAGGAUUUUGGUAGUUCUCUUAUGCAAGCAUGAGUUCGAUUCUCGAUACCAGAAGCCUGAGGAUAAAUUGUAUAUUGCCCAAUUAUAUUUUCCACUUGUGGGACAGAUACUGGAUGAGAUGCCAGUAUUUUAUAACCUGAGUGCUGUUGAAAAACGUGAAGUGUUGAUCGUAGUUUUGCAAAUAUUACGUAAUCUGGAUGAUGCAUCACUUGAAAAAGCAUGGCAGCUGAAUACUUCUCGAACAAGACUGUUUUUCAAACUACUUGAGGAUUGCUUAAUUCUUUUUGAGCACAAAAAAAGUGUCGAUAGCAUGCUUAUAGGCGGCAGUUCUAGGAGCCCCGUUGCUGAUGCACCCAUGUCUCCGAAAUAUUCCGACAGGCUGUCCCCUGCCAUUAAUCAGUAUCUAUCUGAAGCAUCUCGCCAAGAAGUUAGGCCGCAGGGUGCAUCUGAGAAUGGAUAUUUGUGGCAACGAGUGAACUCACAGCUGAGCUCACCUAGUCAACCAUUUUCCUUACGAGAAGCUUUGGCUCAAGCUCAAUCUUCUAGAAUAGGAGCAUCAAGUCUAGCUCUCAGGGAAUCCUUACAUCCAGUUUUAAGGCAAAAACUUGAACUUUGGGAAGAAAACCUCAGUGCUGCUAUCAGUCUUCAAAUUCUGGAAAUAACUGAGAAAUUUUCUAAAGCUGCUGCAUCACAUAGUAUUACAACUGAUUAUGGAAAGUUAGAUUGUAUUACAUCUAUAUUUACUAGUAUUUUCGCGCGAAGUCAAUCGUUGGCAUUCUGGAAAUCAUUGUUUCCAGUAUUCAACAGUGUUUUUCAGCUUCAUGGGUCGACAUUAAUGGCACGGGAAAAUGAUCGUUUCUUAAAGCAAAUUGCUUUCCAUCUUCUUAGACUUGGUGUUUUUCGUAAUGAAAAUAUCAGGAAAAGAGCCGUCAUUGGGUUGCAGAUCCUUGUCAGGAGCUCUUUCUCUCACUUCACACAAACAGCAAGAUUACGGGCCAUGCUUACAAUCACAUUAUCAGAGCUGAUGUCAGACGUCCAAGUAACUCAAAUGAAGUCUGAUGGAACACUUGAAGAAAGCGGUGAAGCACGGCGUCUUAGAAAAUCACUAGAAGAAAUGGCAGAUGAAAGCAAAAGUCAAAACUUACUAAAAGAAAGCAGGCUUCCUGAAACUUCACUUGUUGACAUUCCAGAAGGGUCAACUGAAAGUCGGUGGUCAUGGUCAGAGGUCAAAUUUUUAUCUAAUAGCCUUCUUCUUGCUCUUGAUGCCAGCCUGGAACAUGCACUUUUGGGAUCACUUAUGAACACAGAUAGAUACGCUGCUGCAGAAAGUUUCUAUAAACUAGCAAUGGCGUUUGCUCCCGUGCCAGAUCUUCAUAUAAUGUGGUUACUGCAUUUAUGUGAUGCACAUCAGGAGAUGCAAUCAUGGGCUGAAGCUGCACAGUGUGCUGUUGCGGUUGCUGGCGUUGUAAUGCAGGCUCUUGUAAGCAGAAAUGAUGGAGUCUGGAGCAAUAAUCAUGUGACUGCAUUGCGCAAAAUAUGUCCAAUGGUCAGCACUGAGAUCACAUCUGAGACAUCAGCAGCAGAAGUCGAAGGAUACGGUGCUUCAAAACUAACGGUUGAUUCUGCCGUAAAGUAUCUACAGCUGGCAAAUAAGCUUUUCUCUCAAGCCGAAUUAUUCCAUUUUUGCGGGUCCAUUCUAGAACUCGUGAUACCAGUUUAUAAAAGCCGGAGAUCUUAUGGACAACUAGCCAAAUGCCACAGUAUGCUAACUAACAUCUAUGAAUCAAUCUUAGAGCAAGAAUCAAGCCCAAUUCCGUUUACAGACGCCACAUAUUAUCGUGUGGGAUUUUACGGUGAAAAAUUCGGAAAACUUGAUAAAAAAGAAUAUGUGUACCGAGAGCCUCGUGAUGUUAGAUUAGGUGACAUAAUGGAAAAACUUAGUCACAUAUAUGAAUUAAGAAUGGAUGGUAAUCACACGUUACAUAUAAUUCCCGAUUCACGACAAGUAAAAGCUGAUGAAUUACAGCCCGGUGUGUGUUAUCUGCAAAUCACAGCCGUUGAUCCGGUUAUGGAAGAUGAGGAUUUAGGAAGCAGAAGGGAGAGGAUUUUUUCUCUUUCAACUGGUUCUGUUCGGGCUCGUGUGUUUGACCGGUUCUUGUUUGAUACCCCUUUUACUAAAAAUGGUAAGACUCAAGGUGGGUUGGAAGACCAGUGGAAAAGACGAACUGUGGUUCAAACUGAAGGUUCGUUUCCUGCUUUAGUGAACCGCCUUUUGGUUACUAAAUCUGAAUCACUUGAGUUUUCGCCUGUGGAGAAUGCUAUUGGUAUGAUUGAAACCCGAACUGCUGCAUUAAGAAAUGAGCUUGAAGAGCCGCAUAGUUCUGAUGGUGAUCAGCUUCCACGCCUCCAGAGUUUACAGAGGAUACUUCAGGGUUCUGUAGCAGUUCAAGUGAACAGUGGAGUACUUAGUGUGUGCACAGCUUUCUUAUCGGGGGAGCCCGCAACAAGACUUAGGUCACAGGAAUUGCAGCAACUGAUUGCUGCUCUUCUUGAAUUCAUGGCUGUUUGCAAGCGUGCUAUACGUGUGCAUUUUAGACUUAUCGGAGAUGAAGAUCAAGAUUUCCACACACAACUAGUCAACGGUUUUCAGUCGCUCACUGCUGAGUUGUCACAUUACAUCCCUGCAAUUCUUUCAGAGCUUUGAUUGUAUUGUAUCUAUCCAUGGUUUAUAUGUUUCUAGUGUGAGCCCACGGCUGGUUUGGUGGUUUGCGUGUUUACAUUUUUAGUCAUUUGUUUAUGUAUCAUGUUUGGUAGAUGAUAAUGUUUGAUGUUUUAGGUCCCUUGGUUUUUGUUGAUUUUUUUAAUAGAAUCUUGUAAUUAUUAUUUUUUUAUUUGCUUAAUGAAAUCUCCUAACUUGGUUUGCUUCA